UUUCAGGGAAACGAUUCACCAACAACAAUGGAUACGGAAAAAGCAGAAGGACAUAUCAAUAAAUUGGAAAAAGGAUGGACGCCUGGUCCAAUAUAUAAAGUGAAUGGAGAGAUACCACUUGUAAUUUAUGCGUCAAAUUGUUCCAAACUUCAAGUCGCUGUUGCUGAAACACCUGGACCUCUGGUUAAAGGUCUUAUCUCCUUUGUGACAGAGACAUUCGAUAAUGAUGGUUUGCCUCAUACUCUGGAACAUCUUACUUUCAUGGGUAGUAAAAAAUAUCCGUAUAAAGGUGUUCUGGAUUUGAUUGCCAAUCGAUGUAUGGCAUCAGGGACGAACGCAUUUACUGCUCAAGAUCAUACAGCUUAUGAAUUAAUUACUGUUGGCAGUCAUGGAUUCCUGAAGAUUUUACCUAUUUACAUAGAUCAUUUACUAUCGCCAACAUUAACGGAUGCUCAAUUUAUGACUGAAGUCCAUCAUAUCAACGGUAAAGGUGAAGACGCUGGGGUUGUUUAUAGUGAAAUGCAAGAGCACGAAUCAGAAAUGAAUAACAUUGUAAGUUGGAAACGAAAGGAGCUGUUUUAUCCUGAGUAUAAUCCAUAUCGUGUGGAAACGGGUGGUCGUUUGGCUGCUUUACGUACAACAUGUAGUAUGGAAAAGAUAAGGCGAUAUCAUCAUGACUUUUAUCACAUUAGCAAUAUGCUUGUGAUUGUAUGUGGAUCUAUUGACCACUCGAAAUUGCUGCGUAUUUUAUCAUCAAUCGAAGAAAUAUCGCAGCAGCGAGUACCACAUCUGUUCAAUAGGCCAUUCAAGAAUCCCAUGCUGGUAUUCGCGGAACCUCAAGAGAAGCAAAUUGUUUGCCCAAGUGAAGACGAAAAACUGGGUGCGGUGGAGAUUGCUUGGAUAGGUCCUUGCAGCAAUCUCCAAGAUUUGCUACAACUUGAAGUACUUGCAAAUUAUCUGAGUGAUACUGCUGCUUCCCCGUUGGAACAAGAUUUUGUGCAGCUUGAUGAGCAGCUGGCAAGCUUCGUGCAUCUAUAUAUACGUGAGCAGUGUGUUAGUGAAAUAGUAUUAUACUUUAAUGGGGUGCCGAUUAAUGAACUGCAAAACAUCAAAAAAAGAUUGUUCGAGAAAACUUUGCCGCAAACGUUUGAAAGGAAUUUUGACGCGGAACGAAUGGCAAAUGUGAUUACACACAUGAUUGAUAAAAAGCUUUCAAAGAUGGAAACAGACUGUCAUAAUGUUGUUUUCGAAAUAAUGUGCAUGCAUCAGAUCUACGGGAACUUUAAAGAACUUCCAAUGCGGUUAGAUCAUGUUGCGGAAUUGCGAAAGAUGUUGGAACUGCAACCUGAAGACUGGAUCAAGUUAGCGCGUCGGUAUCUGACAAAGAAAUGUGUCUGUGUUAUGGGUUUUCCUUCUCGAGAUGAAGUGACCAAAAUUGCUAAAAUGGAAAAAAAGCGAAUUGAGGAACGACGUAGAAAGUUAGGGAAAGAUGGGCUUCGGCGAUGUGCCGAAGAAUUAGAAAAAGCGAAACAUGAAACAAUGGCUCGAAAGCCUUCACCUGAACUACUUUCUGGAAUGAUGAUACAUGAGUUAGAGAAUUUCGCAACGUUUAAUGUACGCACGUUGCAUGCACGGACAGGUCAGAAUAAUGAUGAAAUAUUCAAGUUACCGCUGCCAGUCUAUAUACAUAGUGUGGAAACACAUUUUGUUAAGUUUAUACUGGUUUGGGAUACAAAGCUUAUACCACUAGAAUUGCGGUUGUGGAUGAUGCUUUACUUCGAAUUGAUGUUCCAGAGCCCUGCUGUUGUGGAGGGUAAAAAAUUAUCAUAUGAGGAAAUGGCAAAAUUAUACACCCGGGAUUUGAUAUCAUAUUGCGCAUCUAUUGGUGUUUUGAAUCAUUUUGGGCGAUUCUGUUCACUUACUUUAAAAGCUGUUCCCGAACGAUAUGUGACUAUGUUGUCAUGGGUUACGACAUUUGUUAAAGGGAUAAUCUUCGAAGCAGAGCGUGUGAAGGUAGCCGCUCAAAGCUUAAUUGCCGAAGCUGAUGAAGAAAAACGAGACGGAUGUGAAAUGCGAAAUGCGCUUCUUCAGACUACGUUGUUCCACAAAGAUAGUAAUGAUUAUAUCUAUGGUUUGGUCCAGUUAGAAGAGUUCCAUAAAAAUUUGCUCAUGCUAACUAAAGAAAAUCCCACCUACGUUGUCGAUAAACUGGAGAAAUUACGUGAAGCACUAAUAAAUGCUCCGAUAAAUGUGCACAUUAUUUGCAACACGAAAAAAAUUAUGCCCUUCUUACCAACCAGCCUUGCAUGGCUUUAUCGUGACCGUAAAUCUCUAUGUGAGCUUUCCACAAGUUUCCAAAAUUUGCCUGGGGAAGCGGUAAUAUGCGAUAACUUUGGAAAGCAACGUGUCAUUGCUGUUGGUUCCACUGAGUCAUCCUAUCUGAAACAAUCUAUACCGUUCAAGUAUCAGCUGGGUAGUAAAGAAGGAUUGGCUGUACAACUCAUUGCUCAGUAUUUAUCACAAGCAGAAGGUACCUUAUAUAAAGCGAUACGUGGGAAUGGUUUAGCAUAUGGUGUAGGUAUUGAAGUAGAUCUGGAUAACGAGUUGCUCAGUUUUGGUAUCUAUCGGAGUGCUCAACUUGAGCAAGCUUAUGAAGAGGCCAAGGAAGUUGUGUUCAAUGAAUUAGAGCACGUGGAUGAAAAUGAGUUUGAAGCAGCAAAACGAAGUUUUGUAUCGGAGAUAGUGCAGGCUGAGGACACGGUAAUUAACGCUGCGCAUCGGGCUGUUUUCAAUGAAUUUCGACGAUUACCACCUCAAUUUUGGCGGGAGUACGCUGAGCGUAUCUGGAAUGCAUCGAUGAAAGAAGUGGUAGAUUACAGCAAGAAUUUUUUCCUUGAUCUGUUCGACGAUAAGAAAUGCUGCCGUGCAAUAGCUGUGCCGCACGGGAAAUUAAAAGAUAUUGAAGAACAUUUCAAAGGAAUUGAAGUGGUCUGUUUUUCAGAUCUGCAUGUAAAAGCUACUUAGCUUUAAAUUUGCUGGCACUUCUGUCUUCUGCUGUUACCUUUGUCUUCUGCUAAGUUUUUGAGUUGACAAAUUAGGGAGGAAAAACUCCUAAUAUUGUUUAGUAAGAGUCAAGAAUGUAUGCUGAGCUAUCCUGCAGUUCGAACCAAUUCAAAUGCAUUUCACGGAAUCGCUAUCCUGAAUGUUGCACAGUGUCGUCACUUUUCUCUUCAGGAUGUAAUAUUGCCUUAGUGGGUC